CUCGCCGCCGCCACACCCACGCUCCUUCGGGAGGUUCCUCCAACUGGCGACUGGUGAGUUCCUGCCGCCGCCGCUGCCGAGAAAAGUGGAGGGCAAGGGGAUCGACGGAGUUGGAAGGAGUCCGGACCAGGGGAGCCGCGGCGCAAGUCUCGCUGUCGACGUACGUGGUUCCGCUACGCCGUACAACCCCCCAACCCGCUGCUCUCUGUCCGCGGCGGCGCAUCGGGUGGGCUCCGGCGGUGCCCAGGCCGUCGAACGACCGAGCGUCCGAGCCCUCUCAUCCGACGAGCUCAGUGGGCGCCCGAUCGACCCCCUUCGACCAAGUCUUAAAAGCCAAUUAUUUCCAAGAAAAAGAAGAGCUGACAGAUGCGGUAUGGAAGAACUUUUUCAAAGGCAAGCCUGCCUUCAUGCAUUGAAGCAAACAGGAUAAAGCUAUGGCCGUCCUCACAGCCGCAGCUGGAGGAACCCUCCUAAUCAUAAAGCUCGACAAUUUAACUCCCAGACAUGAUGAGGAGUGAAGUAAUAGAAGCUGGAAGGCUAGUGAACCUGUGGAAUGAAUGGGGGAUACAAAUCCUAGUCCUUGUAAGCUUCUCGUUGCAAGUAUUCCUCCUUGUCUUUGGAGGGAUCCGCAGACGUAGCUCCUCCAGCAUUCUGAUGUUCUUCCUCUGGUCGGCAUAUCUGUUGGCCGACUCCACGGCAAUAUACACCCUGGGCCAUCUAUCAGUGGACAGCAGGUCAGAUGAGCACGAGCUGGUAGCAUUCUGGGCACCGUUCCUCCUGCUGCACCUCGGUGGCCCGGACAACAUCACAGCAUAUGCGCUCGAAGAUAACACGCUCUGGCUGCGCCACCUCCAAACUCUUGCUGUGCAGGUCCUAGGAGCCGCUUAUGUAAUAUACGAGUACAUCGCCCGCAGCGGGACCUUACUUCUGAUGGCAUCUAUCUCCAUGUUUAUUGCUGGUCUUCUCAAAUAUGGUGAGAGGAUAUGGGCGCUCAAGUGUGGCAACAUUAGCAGCAUCCGCAACAGCAUCAGCGCCCGAAAGUUCAAGACUAACCCUUAUCAGCUAUUAACUUUGGGUACCAGUGAAGAGGAAUUACUGCUUGGAGCCCACUCCCAAUUCGAUAUCUGCAAAGGUGUCUUCGCUGAUAUCAUAAUGGCACCCAGUCACUUGGCCCGUUCACAAUCUAAUUCUUCUAAACAAAGUUCUGUAAUAUCUUAUUUGGGAGAGGAUCUAUACAAAUUGGUCGAGAUGGAGCUGACUCUGAUGUAUGACUUCCUCUACACCAAGGCGGCGGUAAUCCACACAUGGUAUGGCUUCUGCAUCCAUUUCAUUUCGCUGCUUGGCACAGCCACCACGUUUAUGUUGUUUCAGCUCAGUAUAAACAGUAGAGGAAAUGGGUACAGCAGAGUGGAUGUGAUUAUCAGUUAUGUUUUACUGGUUGGGGCUUUGGUCCUGGAAAUCAUAUCUGUGUGCAGGGCUCUGCUAUCCACCUGGACAUGUUCUUUAUUGCACCGCAGGGGCAGGGGAUGGGAGUGGCCUCUCCAUGUUAUCACUUCCCUUGGUCAGCGUGUCCACCCGGCAAGUAGGAGACUCUGGUCAGGCUCCAUUGGUCAGUACAAUUUGUUCCACUUGUGCACCCGCAACACGAAUGAAAUAGGGAGCAGACUAGCAAUGAAAUUAGGGCUCCAGGACUGGUGGAACAAGAUGCACUUCUCGGGCACUUUCUCUCACAGUGACAUUUUGUCAAUACGAGAUAUCAAGAAAUUGGUUUUGCAAGCACUGCAAGACAAGGAGCGUGCCCUGCAAUACAAAAGUACUGAUUCGAACUCAAGGGGCAGCUUUAUACUUAAAAGUAUGGAAGCCUAUGACGACUUUGCUCGCUGGAGCGUCAACAUCGACUUUGACGAGAGCAUCCUUGUUUGGCACAUUGCAACCGAGGUGUACAUCCGGAAAUCCAAGGCCAAACAUGCAAAAGAGCUCAUUGAGGCUACCGAGAUACUGUCCGAUUACAUGAUGUUCCUGUUGGUGGUAAAACCCAACAUGCUGCCUGGCGCUGCACGGCACAACAUACAUCUCACCUCCUGUGAACAACUAGAAGGACAAUGCCGUGCGUUCUUUGGUGAUAAGGACAACCCAGUGGCGCCAUCUCCCAUAAGCUGGAACCCGUACUGUAUGUUUAAAGAAUUGUUCCACCAUGAUGGCCCUAAUUGCUCCAGGAUCCCACGGAGGGAGAAGCUUGCAGAGAUGGCGUGGAGUUUCUCCCAAUUUGCACUGGUAUACCUUCCAUGCCAAUUCAACUGAAACGCAUUUUGUUGGGAUCAGUAAGGGCACCAAAUCCACAUGGGGAUUCCAUCCGCGACAGUGCUAAUAUGUACGCAAUCUUGCUCGCCAACGAGCUUCUGAGCAUAGAGUUGCGCUGGCAAGGGCAGCGUGAUCCUUUGGAACUGAUCUUGGGGGUGUGGGUGGAGAUGCUGUUGUAUGCCGCGAACCAUUGCAGCCAAGAGUCCCAUGCCAGGCAGCUCAGCAACGGGUGUGAGUUCAUUACCAUCGUGUCGUUACUAGCACACCACUUCAAGUAUUACUCAGGAGUCUCCAGAGGCACCGAAGACGGUGGUGGAAAUAGCCCCACAGGCGGUUUAGAUAAAUUUGCAUCAUUUACACCUGAAACGGCCCCUCGUUCUUCAGGGAAAACUGAGAAUUGACUACUUCAGUGAAACCAUCAUAGUUAUCUGUAAAUAAAUAUAUUGAGUACUGGAAUUCAUUCAUAUAACAGCACCACAUGCUGCAAGAUCAACUUCCUCCCUGCAUUCAAGUGUCUAUUACAAGGAUCGUGGUUGGCAUUCAUUCAUAACCGCAAAGGGCGCAGGCUGGUGGAGCAAUGCAAGUGUACGUAGUGCAGCAUGUCAGGAUCAUGAGCGGCCAUGGAUCGAUCCUCCUUUUUGUGGGCGUUGGUGGCCGGCAUAGUGGUGAGGCAAGCCGCUAAUGUGAAAUCGGCAAUUCUUAUAUAUAUUUUUUUACAUAGCUGUUGUGUAACCAUAAGAAAUUACACAGUAUCCGAACACUGUUUCCUGCUCAUGCUGUUGUCUUUCUGACAUGUAUGCGAUCACUGUUCAUUCCGUUGCUGUGAGAACUGAGAACAAGGAAAGUUGCUAUCUUUUUUCCAGCAUUA